UCGUCUUUCAUCAACCGGGCGAAAUGCCUGUGCCGUCGCUUUUGGCGUGAGGGUGACGUGGAAUAUUUGGCUGGAAACCACGCUUUCCGUCGUGGAGCACAAACACUCAAUCCCUCAGGAUACCCGAAAUGGAUCGUGCCUCUCAUCAACCUCCUGAAGCUCCUGUACCAGCAAUUCGGAAUGCAGGAUGCCGUGAUGAAUUCGACCAAGAUUAUCAGUCGUCGACGUGUUCCGUUUCAAUUCGCACCUCCAGGAUUUGGAGGUAGCUUUCAAUCUCUUGUCAACCUCGCGGAUUGUUUAGACCAACGAUUCAAACCGGAGGGCACCCUAGGCGAUUUAGAAAAAAUCAUUUCUCUCCGACGAGCUGCGUGGGAAUGUGUUCCCCCAGAGCCCUCUUUUCAAUGCACGUCUCUAGUCGCCCUUGCGGAGUGUCUUCUCGAAAAGUAUCAGAAACUGGGUGUGAUGGCGGAACUGGAUGAAGCUAUUACACUCACAAAUAAUGCGCUGGCAAUCUCUCCC